CCUCCAGUAGUUUCCGGUUGUCAGUCCGUGGACGUGCAUGACAAUUGUGUGAUGGGACACAGAAAAGAUAAUGCGCCUUUAACUGUGUGCUGACAUGUAGCAACUAACGGAGGUUUUCGCCAGUAAGCCAUGGACCUGAGCAUGAAGUCCUACGGUGACCCAGAUGAGGUGUGUGUGUUUCCAUCAGCUGGCUGUAGCACUGAAGAACACACACCAGGUGCUGCGUUUGACCUGGACGAGCACGCCAAGAGUGUUUCUGCCAGAGCGAGGCCGUUUCAGUGCUCUCAGUGCGGGAAGGGGUUUUCCCGCAUCCAGCAUCUGUCCGAACAUGUGCGGAUUCACACCGGAGAGAGGCCUUUUGAGUGCUUGGUGUGCGGGAAGACCUUCACCCGGGAGAGAGACCUCAAGACUCACCAGAUCGUCCACACGGAUGCGAAGGCCUUCCACUGUACCAUCUGUGUGAAAAACUUCGCCCUGUUGUCCUCCUUGAGAAGACAUCUGCGUGCAUUUCAUCAAGGUCAAGAUGUAAGUACGGAGGGUAAGUGCUUGAUUUGUGUUGAAUGUGGGAAAAACUUUGCCUGUCAGCUUGAGGAACAUGAGCUAACACCCACCGGAGAGAUAUCCCACCGCUGCCCGGACUGUGUCAACAGCUUCACACGAUCUCCCCAUCAGACCUUCUCCGAAUCAGACGACAUGAGCCAUUCAGACGAGAGGCCUUGCGGUUCUGUGGACUCUGAAGAUCUGCACAAAACCGACGCUCUUAAGGACAAUAUUGAAUCACACUCUCUGGACCUUGUGGACAGUAUUGAGAGCGAAGCGUCUAAUGAACACGAUGCCCGAGGUCAACAGAAAGUGUGUGAGAGGUCUCCAUCUCCGUCAUCCGAGCUCUCUCGGGAUUCUGCUCUAAAGGGCGUUGGAGCCAUUAACCGUCUUCAAGAGGAAGAGUUUACUGCUCACCAGCAACUUCACGACGAAGACAAGCCGCACCAGUGCAAUCACUGUGGAAAGAGGUUUCAUAAGCAAGCAAAGCUUCGAAUCCAUCUGCGGGUUCACACCGGAGAACGGCCGUACCAGUGCUCCCAGUGUGGGAAAUAUUUCAGCCAAGCAGUAAACCUUAAAAAACACCACCGUACCCAUCACACAGAGGAGCGGCCGUACCAGUGCACGCUCUGUGACAGGAGGUUUUCUCUCUCCUUCUCCCUGAUAAAGCAUCAGCGAGUCGCUCAUCCAGAACGUUUGAGUGUUGCUGAAAGGAAGCGCUUCACCUGUCCGUACUGUGGGAAAAUAUUUGGACGACAUCAAGACAUGGAGCAACACAAACGCAUUCACACCGGCGAGAGACCGUUCCGAUGCACCGUGUGCAAUAAGAGUUUCAGGCAGCGUUCGGUGUUGAUCGUGCACAGGAAAAUCCACACUGGAGAAAAGCCUUUCGAAUGUUUCAUAUGCUUCAGACGCUUUUAUGGUUCAGGGGACCUGAAGACUCAUAUGGGGACUCACACCGGCGUGAGACCCCACAGUUGUCCUCUGUGCUCCAAAAGCUUCCCUCGGCCCAGUAGCCUGCAAGCACACAUGCAGUCCCAUCUGAACAAGUUGCAGGAACGGGAUGUUCUGAUCAACCAAGCGGAUGAGCUUACUCCUAAAGAGGGGGAACAGGGUGACGUGGGAGAUGUCUGUGGGGUUUCGGUUUCAUCACAGAUUUCAGCAAUGCUUUCUGGAAGCCCUGGAGCUUCUGUGGACGAAAUGAGCGCAGGGGAUCAUCAUCAUCAUCAUCUAUUAGAGACGGAGACGGGACUCGGUCCAUCAGUGAAUGAAGGUCAUGAUGCUGAUCAGAGCUCCAGUUCAGAGCUGACAGAUCAUCAGAAGCUUUAUCAUUGUGCCAUAUGCAACAAAACCUUCUCGCUCGCAAUUUCCCUGAAAAGACAUCAGCUUAUAUUUCAUCCAGAUCAGCAUGCUGACAUCGAGGGCAAGUGCUUCCCCUGCUCUUACUGCGGGAGGAAGUUUGGGCGACGCCAAGGCUUGUUACAGCAUGAGCGCAUUCACACGGGUGAACGGCCCUUCAACUGUCCCACAUGUAACAAGAGCUUCCGUCAGCGAUCGGCUUUGGUUGUGCAUAUUAAAACUCACACAGGAGAGAGGUCGUUCCUGUGCUUUGUGUGCAGUAAGAGCUUUUAUACCCCUGGAGACUUGAAGAAACAUCUGGAAGUUCACACAGGAGUGCGGCCACACAACUGCCCUGUAUGCCACAAGGGCUUCGGGCGGCCCAGCUUCCUCAGAGCUCACAUGCGAAUUCAUGAAACUUCCACAAAGAAUCAAAGUGGAACGGAGAAACCAACAGGCGGUCCAAACGCGGACUUGCAGGAGAAGCCGUUCGAAUGCUCUCACUGUGGGAAAAGGUUCAGUCAGCAUUAUAUGUUGAAGAUUCACCAGCGGAUUCACACAGGAGAGAGACCGUACAAGUGCUCUGAGUGUGGCCUGAGCUUUCGCUGGAGGAGAAACCUGAUCGCCCACCAGAGCGGACACCCGGGCCAGAACCCUCUCCAGUGCUACAUGUGUGAUCAGACAUUCAUCUCGGACGCUAGUCUCAAAAAACACCAAGAUGAGUUUCACACAGGGGUGUCGCACACAUGCAGCUUGUGUCUGAAGACGUUCACUCAAGCGGCCGGCCUCAGGAAACACGUGCGCUAUGUUCACGAAGGAGAGCGACCGCACAAAUGCUCCGAGUGCGGGAGAGGAUUCGUCAAACUCUCGGACCUCGCGCGUCAUCAGCGCCGGCACCACUACGACCGGGGCGGCGAGCUCUUCCAGUGCUCGCAGUGUGAGCGCAGCUUCAGUCAUCCCAGCAGUCUGGUCUUGCACCGACGCACACACACCGAGGAAAAGCACGAGUGCCCUCAGUGCGAGAAGGUCUUCGGUCAGGCGGGACACCUGAAGGUCCACCUGCGGACUCACUCCAAGGAGAACAAACCCAAAUUCGAGUGCCCUGAGUGUGGGAAGAGUUUCGGCCAGGCCAAAGAUCUGGUGGUUCAUCAGAGGGUUCACACCGGGGAGAAGCCGUACCAGUGUCCUCAGUGCAAGAAGAGCUACCGACAGUUCGCGCAUUUAUCCGUACAUCUGCGCAGUCACACGGGCGAGAAGCCGUACCAGUGCCCCAUAUGCCUCAAAUUCUUCGCUCAUUCAUCAUCCAUGAAGAAACACCUGCGAGUAAUGCACGCGGAGGGGAAGGAUGUGCCUGCUACAAAGGAGGUGGUGAAGGUCACUGUUGGCGUCGGCACGUCUGACGCAACUGUAGACGUUAAGAAAGAACCAGAGUCUGCUGAUGAAUACGAAUGUCGAGUGAAAUCUGAAGAAAACUGCUUUGCUAUAAUGGAUGACGUGAAGGCUAUCACGGUCUCUUCAGCUCCUACCAGUCCAGUAUCACCUGAGACUUUUAAAAAUGAAUGAUGUGGAUGGAAACCAGGGUUUCUCACCAUGAAGAACAUCAGAGCACAUUGAAGUAUCUGAAGCAUUUAUUAAGGACUGCUAGUAACCUGAUGCCAAAAAUGUCAUUUUUAAGAAAAAUAAUCGUAUUCAACACUUACUCCAGAAGCCGUGAAGACUCGAAUCCUCUUCAGUAGAAAGGUGGUAUUGAGCGAGACUAAAAACUUUGAUCAAGAUCAUCUACACCAAUGUGAGUCCAAUGUGAGCAGGGAACCACACAACACCUGUGGAGAUGAUUACAUUCACAUGGAAAUCAGUCCUGAUCAGUGAUCCUGAUGACAACCAUCCAGUCUGGAGAACUUUAUACAUUCUGGACACCUCAAAAAAUGACCUUUUUAAACUUUUGAUGUAUAUGAACUUUUGCCAAAAAGGAGAUCCUCGCCACAUUUAUACUGGAGAGACAUUUGGCAUCUGCUGUGAGUAGAGCUUCAAAAGAGAGGAACUUAUAAAUCUUGUUGAAUGAACAUGCAAAAAGGACGUUGAUAUUGUAGAGGGUUCUUCGAUUCUUCUCCUAAAGGUCCUUCUUGAGUUCUCUCUAAAGUAAUCUUUAGACCAUUAUUAAAGGUGUUUCAUCUGAGCUAAACUCUAUUAUAGGAGAAUUGAUCAAGCCUAAUAUAGUACGGAAACUUCAAUGUCACGUUCCUGUUACAGAAUCUGUGCUCGUCAUUCUACACAUUUCUUGACCUUUAUAUAUUCAUCAGUUAAAUAUUUUAACUCAAAGCUGUAUUUAAUACAUUUUACCGUUUUUAAAUCCAUUCCACAGAUUUUUUUCCUCAAAAGUGAGUGUUGAAAAUGUAAAGUCUGCAGAUUCACGAUCUGUAAGUAUACAACCGCCAAUCAUUGCAUUAAUAUUAUAAUGUAUUACUUUGAUCACCAAAGUUUUGUGAUAAUUUGUUUCUUUUAUACCGGACAUCUCAUAAUAGAUGUAAAUUAAAUGAAUGAAUUCAAAUGUU